CCCAUACAUUCCUUUUUUCCUAAAAUAGAAAGCUGCAAAUAUUAAUGUUUUUUUUUCUUACAGGGUAGUUGGUCUAGUCUCACUAUUUUAGCUGCCCAUUUUUAUGCAUUUCCAACUCUUGAAUUUUUGAGAAGGUUCAGAAUGCAUGGUGUAUAAGGUUAUGCAAUGGUCUCUGCAAGAUGGCUUGUUCUUGAGUUGGAGCUUUUUAAAACAGAUCUACGCUGGUACUUCAACUUUAUUAAGCGGACUAUAAGUUUUUCUCUCUCAACAACUACAUAAGCAGACAAAAUUGCAAAAAUCUGCCCUGUUUCGAGUAUGACAGCCACGACUCGUGGCUCUCCAGUGGGAGGGAAUGACAGUCAGGGACAGGCUCCUGAUGGACAGUCCCAGCCUCCACUCCAGCAGAAUCAGACUUCUUCACCUGAUUCUUCAAAUGAGAAUUCCCCAGCUACCCCCCCUGAUGAACAGGGUCAAGGUGAUGCCCCACCACAACUUGAAGAUGAAGAGCCUGCAUUUCCACACACUGAUUUGGCAAAAUUGGAUGACAUGAUCAACAGACCUCGAUGGGUUGUUCCUGUAUUGCCUAAGGGAGAGUUAGAAGUUCUUCUGGAAGCUGCUAUUGAGCUUAGUAAAAAGGGUCUUGAUGUUAAAAGUGAGGCAUGUCAGCGAUUUUUUCGAGAUGGGUUAACAAUUUCUUUCACAAAAAUCCUUACGGAUGAGGCAGUGAGUGGCUGGAAAUUUGAAAUUCAUAGAUGUAUCAUUAAUAACACCCAUCGUCUUGUUGAACUCUGUGUGGCAAAGCUGGCCCAAGAUUGGUUUCCUCUUCUUGAACUUCUUGCAAUGGCCUUAAAUCCUCAUUGCAAAUUCCAUCUUUACAAUGGUACACGUCCCUCAGAAACUGUUCCUGCUGGAGCUCAGCUAGCUGAAGAUGAACUUUAUGCUCGUCCUCCAGACCCACGGUCACCAAAGGGUUGGCUAGUAGAUCUCAUCAACAAGUUUGGCACAUUAAAUGGGUUUCAAAUCCUCCAUGAUCGCUUUAUGAGUGGAUCAGCACUGAAUGUUCAGAUUAUUGCAGCUCUCAUCAAACCAUUUGGACAAUGCUAUGAGUUUUUAACACUGCAUACAGUGAAGAAAUACUUCCUUCCAAUUAUAGAAAUGGUUCCACAGUUUUUAGAGAACUUAACUGAUGAUGAACUGAAAAAAGAAGCUAAGAAUGAAGCCAAAAAUGAUGCUUUGUCAAUGAUCAUAAAAUCUCUGAAGAACUUAGCCUCAAGAGUUCCAGGGCAAGAGGAAACAGUAAAAAACUUAGAAAUAUUUAGAUUAAAAAUGAUACUUAGGUUAUUACAAAUUUCAUCUUUCAAUGGAAAAAUGAACGCACUAAAUGAAGUUAACAAGGUGAUAUCUAGUGUGUCAUAUUAUACCCAUCGACAUGGCAAUCCUGAAGAGGAGGAAUGGCUUACAGCAGAAAGAAUGGCAGAAUGGAUCCAGCAGAACAACAUUUUAUCAAUUGUGUUGAGAGAUAGUCUACAUCAACCUCAGUAUGUAGAAAAGUUAGAGAAAAUUCUUCGUUUUGUCAUCAAAGAAAAGGCCCUCACCUUGCAAGACCUUGACAACAUUUGGGCUGCACAGGCAGGAAAACAUGAAGCCAUUGUGAAAAAUGUACACGAUCUUCUUGCAAAAUUGGCCUGGGAUUUCUCUCCUGAACAGCUUGACCAUUUGUUUGAUUGCUUUAAGGCAAGUUGGACAAAUGCAAGUAAAAAACAACGUGAAAAGCUACUUGAGCUAAUCCGACGUCUUGCAGAAGAUGAUAAAGAUGGUGUGAUGGCACACAAAGUACUAAACCUUCUAUGGAAUUUAGCACAUAGUGAUGAUGUUCCAGUUGAUAUCAUGGAUCAGGCUCUCAGUGCCCACAUUAAAAUAUUAGAUUACAGUUGUUCACAGGAUCGAGAUACACAAAAAAUACAGUGGAUAGAUCGUUUUAUAGAAGAACUUCGCACAAAUGACAAAUGGGUCAUUCCAGCCUUGAAACAAAUUAGGGAAAUUUGUAGUUUGUUUGGAGAAGCACCACAAAACUUAAGUCAAACUCAGCGAAGCCCCCAUGUAUUUUAUCGUCAUGACUUAAUCAAUCAACUUCAGCACAAUCAUGCUCUAGUAACUUUAGUCGCAGAAAAUCUUUCAGCAUAUAUGGAAAGCAUGCGACAGUAUGCUAAAGAGCAUGGAGAAUAUGAUCCACAAACUGUAAGACCAGGAAGUAGAUACAGUCAUGUUCAAGAAGUCCAAGAGCGGUUGAACUUUCUACGAUUUUUACUGAAGGAUGGUCAAUUAUGGCUCUGUGCUCCUCAGGCAAAACAAAUAUGGAAAUGUUUAGCUGAAAAUGCAGUCUACCUGUGUGAUCGUGAAGCCUGUUUUAAAUGGUAUUCUAAACUAAUGGGAGAUGAACCGGAUUUAGACCCUGACAUUAAUAAAGACUUUUUUGAAAACAAUGUUCUUCAAUUGGACCCUUCACUCUUAACAGAAAAUGGAAUGAAAUGUUUUGAGCGUUUCUUCAAAGCUGUGAACUGUCGGGAAGGGAAGCUAGUAGCAAAGAGACGAGCCUAUAUGAUGGAUGACUUGGAGUUAAUAGGACUAGAUUAUCUUUGGAGAGUUGUAAUUCAAGGAAAUGAUGAUAUUGCCAGUCGAGCAAUAGAUCUACUGAAGGAGAUUUAUACCAAUCUUGGUCCAAGAUUACAGGUCAAUCAGGUAGUCAUCCAUGAGGACUUUAUUCAGUCCUGUUUUGAUCGCUUGAAGGCAUCCUAUGAUACUUUAUGUGUUUUGGAUGGAGAUAAAGACAGUAUUAAUUGUGCAAGACAAGAAGCAAUAAGAAUGGUGCGAGUGUUGACUGUUUUAAGGGAGUAUAUAAAUGAAUGUGACAGUGAUUAUCAUGAAGAACGAACAAUUCUACCAAUGUCAAGAGCUUUUCGUGGUAAGCACAUCUCUCUGGUAGUUCGUUUUCCCAACCAAGGUCGGCAGGUGGAAGAUUUGGAUGUUUGGUCUCAUACAAAUGAUACCAUUGGUUCAGUCAGACGUUGCAUUCUCAACCGUAUUAAAGCCAACAGUGCGCAUACCAAAGUAGAAUUAUUUAUUGGAGGCGAACUAGUAGAUCCCGUAGAUGACAGGAAAUUAAUUGGACAAUUGAAUCUAAAAGAUAAAACACUAAUUACAGCAAAGCUUACACAGAUAAGUUCCAAUAUGCCUUCAAGCCCUGAUAGUUCCUCUGAUUCUUCUACGGGUUCUCCUGGUAACCAUGGCAAUCAUUAUAGCGAUGGUCCAAAUCCAGAAGUCGAAAGUUGCUUGCCUGGAGUUAUUAUGUCACUGCAUCCUAGAUACAUCUCAUUUCUUUGGCAAGUUGCAGACCUAGGCAGUAGUCUAAAUAUGCCACCCCUUAGAGAUGGUGCACGUAUCCUUAUGAAAUUAAUGCCACCAGAUAACACUACUAUAGAAAAAUUAAGAGCUAUCUGUUUAGACCAUGCAAAACUUGGUGACAGCAGCCUUAGUCCUUCCCUUGAUUCUCUGUUCUUUGGACCUUCUGCUUCACAAGUGCUAUAUCUUACAGAGGUAGUUUAUGCCUUGUUAAUGCCUGCCAAUUUACCUCUGGGAGAAGAUGCUACUGAUUUUCAGUACAAUUUCUUAAAAAGUGGUGGCUUACCCCUCGUGUUGAGUAUGCUGACUAGAAAUAAUUUCCUGCCAAAUGCAGAUAUGGAAACAAGAAGGGGUGCUUACCUAAAUGCUUUAAAAAUAGCAAAGCUGUUGCUAACUGCAAUUGGUUAUGGUCACGUGAGAGCUGUGGCAGAAGCUUGUCAACCAGUUGUAGAGGGUACAAGCCCAAUGUCACCGAUCAACCAAGCGACUCAUGACCAGGCAGUGGUGUUGCAAACUGCUCUACAGAACAUUCCCAAUCCAACUUCAGAGUGCAUGUUAAGAAAUGUAGCAAUACGCCUUGCACAGCAAAUAUCUGAUGAGGCUUCGAAGUUUAUUCCUGAUAUUUGUGUUAUUAGAGCAGUGCAAAAAAUAGUAUGGGCUUCUGGAUGUGGAUCAGUACAACUGGUAUUCAACUCAAAUGAAGAUAUUAGUAAAAUUUAUGAAAAGACAAAUGCAGGCAAUGAACCAGAUGCAGAAGAUGAACAAGUUUGCUGUGAAGCACUUGAAGCGAUGACACUUUGUUUUGCUUUAAUUCCAACAGCAUUGGAUGCACUAAGUAAAGAAAAAGCAUGGCAGACAUUUAUCAUUGAUUUGUUGUUGCAUUGUCACAGCAAAACUGUUCGGCAAAUGGCACAGGAGCAGUUCUUCUUAAUGGCUACCCGAUGUUGUAUGGGACAAAGACCUCUUCUUUUUUUUAUAACUUUGUUAUUUACUGUAUUAGGGAGUACUGCACGAGAACGUGCUAAACAUUCAGGAGAUUACUUUACUCUGUUAAGACAUCUUCUAAAUUAUGCUUAUAAUAGUAACAUUAAUGUGCCCAAUGCUGAAGUUCUGCUUAAUAAUGAAAUUGACUGGCUUAAAAGGAUUAGGGAUGAAGUGAAAAGGACAGGAGAAACAGGCGUAGAGGAGACUAUUUUAGAAGGUCAUCUUGGAGUUACCAAAGAAUUAUUGGCAUUCCAAACUCCUGAAAAAAAAUACCAUAUUGGUUGUGAAAAAGGUGGUGCUAAUCUCAUCAAAGAAUUAAUAGAUGAUUUCAUCUUUCCAGCAUCAAAUGUUUACUUGCAAUACAUGAGAAAUGGAGAAUUACCUGCUGAGCAGGCAAUACCAGUCUGUAGUUCCCCAGCUACCAUUAAUGCUGGAUUUGAGCUGUUGGUAGCCUUAGCAGUGGGCUGUGUCCGUAACCUCAAACAAAUAGUAGAUACUUUGACCGAAAUGUAUUAUAUAGGCACUGCAAUAACUACUUGUGAAGCACUAACAGAAUGGGAAUAUCUGCCACCUGUUGGACCAAGACCACCAAAGGGAUUUGUAGGGCUUAAGAAUGCUGGAGCCACUUGUUACAUGAAUUCUGUCAUUCAGCAACUAUAUAUGAUUCCUGCCAUCAGGAAUGGAAUUCUUGCAAUUGAUGGAACAGGCAGUGAUGUAGAUGAUGACAUGUCUGGAGAUGAGAAACAAGAUGAGAGCAAUGUUGACCCACGUGAUGAAGUAUUUGGCUAUCCCCAUCCAUAUGAAGAUAAACCAACUUUAAGUAAAACAGAAGACAGAAAAGAAUACAACAUAGGCGUAUUAAGACAUCUCCAGGUCAUAUUUGGUCACUUAGCAGCUUCUAGAUUACAGUACUAUGUGCCAAGAGGAUUUUGGAAACAGUUCAGACUCUGGGGUGAACCUGUAAAUCUGCGGGAACAGCAUGAUGCUUUGGAAUUUUUUAAUUCUUUGGUGGAUAGUCUAGAUGAAGCUUUAAAAGCCCUAGGUCACCCAGCAAUGUUAAGUAAAGUUUUGGGAGGAUCCUUUGCCGAUCAGAAGAUCUGUCAAGGUUGCCCACAUAGGUACGAAUGCGAAGAAUCUUUUACAACACUGAAUGUAGAUAUAAGAAAUCACCAAAAUCUGCUUGACUCCUUAGAACAAUAUGUCAAAGGAGACUUACUGGAAGGUGCAAAUGCAUAUCACUGUGAAAAAUGCAACAAGAAGGUUGAUACAGUGAAACGCUUGCUGAUUAAAAAACUGCCUCCAGUUCUUGCCAUCCAGCUAAAACGAUUUGACUAUGACUGGGAAAGGGAAUGUGCAAUCAAGUUCAAUGAUUACUUUGAGUUUCCACGUGAGUUGGAUAUGGAACCUUAUACUGUGGCAGGAGUAGCUAAGCUGGAAGGGGAUGACGUAAACCCUGAAAACCAGCUAAUACAGAAUGAACAAUCAGAAAAUGAACAUUCUGGAAGUACAAAAUACAGAUUAGUGGGUGUAUUGGUGCACAGUGGUCAGGCCAGUGGUGGACAUUACUACUCUUACAUUAUUCAAAGAAAUGGAGGAGAUGGUGAGAAAAACAGAUGGUAUAAAUUUGAUGAUGGCGAUGUAACUGAAUGCAAAAUGGAUGAUGAUGAAGAAAUGAAAAAUCAGUGUUUUGGUGGAGAGUACAUGGGAGAAGUAUUUGAUCAUAUGAUGAAACGGAUGUCCUACAGACGUCAGAAGAGGUGGUGGAAUGCUUACAUUCUUUUUUAUGAACGUAUGGACACAGUAGAGAAAGACAAUGAACUUAUAAAAUAUAUUUCAGAACUUGCAAUGACCACUAAACCCCAUCAAAUUAAAAUGCCAUCUGCCAUUGAACGGAGUGUACGAAAGCAAAAUGUACAGUUCAUGCAUAACCGAAUGCAGUACAGCCUGGAAUAUUUUCAGUUUGUAAAAAAAUUAUUGACAUGUAACAGUGUCUACCUAAAUCCCCCUCCAGGACAAGAUCAUCUACUACCUGAAGCAGAGGAAAUUACAAUGAUAAGUGUUCAGCUUGCUGCUAGGUUUCUGUUUACCACAGGAUUUCACACAAAGAAAAUAGUUCGUGGUCCUGCCAGUGAUUGGUAUGAUGCUUUGUGCAUUCUCCUUCGUCACAGCAAGAAUGUACGUUUUUGGUUUGCACACAAUGUCCUUUUCAAUGUUUCAAAUCGCUUCUCAGAAUACCUUUUGGAAUGCCCAAGUGCUGAAGUAAGAGGAGCAUUUGCAAAAUUGAUAGUAUUUAUUGCACAUUUUUCAUUACAAGAUGGACCAUGUCCUUCACCCUUUGCUUCACCUGGACCUUCUAGUCAGGCAUAUGACAAUUUAAGUUUGAGUGACCAUUUGUUAAGAGCAGUACUGAAUCUUCUUAGAAGGGAAGUGUCUGAGCAUGGGCGUCAUUUGCAGCAAUAUUUCAACUUGUUCGUGAUGUAUGCCAACUUAGGUGUAGCAGAAAAAACACAACUUUUAAAACUAAAUGUCCCUGCCACAUUUAUGCUUGUGGCACUGGACGAAGGCCCAGGUCCUCCAAUCAAAUACCAGUAUGCUGAAUUGGGCAAACUAUACACUGUGGUGUCCCAACUAAUUCGCUGUUGCAAUGUGGCAUCACGUAUGCAGUCUUCUAUCAAUGGUAAUCCUCCACUUAGCAAUCCAUACGGUGAUCCUAAUUUAUCACAACCAAUAAUGGCACUUCAGCAAAAUGUGGCAGACAUUUUGUUUGUGCGGACUAGUUAUGUGAAAAAAAUUAUAGAAGAUUGCAGUAACUCAGAAGAGACUAUCAAACUACUUCGUUUCUGCUGUUGGGAGAAUCCUCAGUUUUCAUCUACAGUUCUCAGUGAACUACUUUGGCAGGUUGCAUAUUCUUACACGUAUGAACUUCGACCGUAUUUGGAUCUACUUCUCCAAAUCUUGUUAAUUGAGGAUUCUUGGCAGACUCACAGGAUUCACAAUGCACUUUAA